CUGACGGCAAGCGAUGUUUUCGUUUUUGAUUUUGGUGUUUGUAGCGUCGGUCGCGGACUCGGUGAUCGGUACCGCCGAGGUGAUGAGCCACGUCACUGCUCAUUUCGGUAAGACCCUUGAGGAAUGCCGAGAGGAGUCCGGGCUAUCAGUUGACAUUUUAGACGAGUUCAAGCACUUCUGGAGUGAUGACUUCGAUGUGGUUCAUAGAGAGUUGGGCUGUGCCAUCAUCUGCAUGUCCAAUAAAUUUUCUCUGAUGGACGAUGACGUCAGGAUGCAUCACGUCAACAUGGACGAGUAUAUCAAGGGUUUUCCAAACGGGCAAGUUCUAGCUGAGAAAAUGGUAAAAUUGAUCCACAAUUGUGAGAAACAGUUUGAUACCGAGACGGAUGACUGCACAAGAGUCGUCAAGGUAGCUGCUUGCUUCAAGAAGGACUCCAGAAAAGAGGGCAUAGCACCAGAAGUGGCCAUGAUUGAAGCAGUUAUCGAAAAAUACUGAGCAGCUCAUAUGUAAUAAUGACCACGACACGGCUUUGUUAGUUUUAAGAAUGCAUUCUGAAAAACAUAAAAAAAAGGAAUAGAAUAAAGAUUUAUGCAAAUUU